AUCACCGUCGCGGAGACAAACGCUGCCGUCUCUUAUUGGUCUCCGCGCCUAUCAAUCACAGGGUGAGCCCGCUGUCCUCCAGAACGCACUUUAUUCCGAGAGCGAGUCACGGAUCCGUCAUGCACCUCAGAUGGGCCUUCGAUCGCCCCGAUGAUGAACACCAGUCCAUCCCGGGCCGUCCCCGACUCGAGACGAGACAACCGCCAACUUAAUUUAGGAGUGUGAUUAAUUAAACCGGGGCCCGUAAUGGAAGGCACACACACUGUGCUGCGUCUGUACAAACCCAUCCAUGAGUUGUGCUUCAUCAGUCUGUACUUCCCAACAAGGAAAUCCCGAGGUUUUUCACGAGCUGCUCGUGAAGUCCAGCCUCUGUGUGGAAAUCAGCAUGAAGACCCGGGCAGAACUAAACAAAGACGCCAGUAUUACAACUCAGCGGGUGAAGUCCAGUCCUUCCAGUCCUGCGAGGAAACAAAAGGAGCGGUUUCGCAUAUCCACUGGCUGGCCGUCGAACACCAUCAACUCCUGACAGAUCUCCUGUCUUUAUGCAGCGAAUGCGCAGACAGACUCAAGAUGGGAAACCAAGACGGGAAGAUCCAGCUGGAAGGAGAACAUGGUGUUAGUAGCAGUAACUUCACUCUUCCUCAGUCCCCGGAGUAUAGGAAAGCCUCGAGAGUUCGGAAGCUGAAGAAACUGGGAUCCAAGAAGAUGGACGGUGCUGAAGAGUUCCUGCAGAGCAGAUUGAAGAAGAAGGCGCAUAUGGGAGCAGCAUCCGAGUUUUUUUCCCUGGGAAAAGACCCGGAAACUCCAGGGUCGGGCUCUUACGUCAGCGUCUCACCGUUUCUUCCCAUGGAUGAAGACUUCCAUAUUGCCAACGAUGGCUGGGAUUUCAUGGAGGAAUCUCGUUUUGAAUGCGAAAUCGAGUCUGAGUUUGACAACCAACUCCGUUUGGAUUAUGAGAAACCGAUUGGGAACGAACGUGGACGUAUCAACAGUUCCGGGACUAAACGUCAAGAGACGUUUGGAGGGAAUGACGAUCGACUCAAUAACAUGGCGAGAAAAGACACGGAAAGAUCUCUGAUUGAGGAAGCUGUGUCUCACUCCUGCUCAGAUGUGGAGGGAAUCCAUCAGAAAGCAUCCGGACAAGAAGAGAUCAAUCGUUUACACCGGAAGAAGCCGUCGUCUCCGGUCGACGCCAACUCUAGAAGCUCGAACCUUCGCUCCUGGACCAGAAGCCCCACGUCAAACUCUUUCUCCGGGGUUUUUAACGUGUCUUAUCCUCCGACCAACAGUCUCCGGGUCAUGUCUCCGGUCCUGUCACCGAUGUCUUCUCAGCUUCCCAGUCCCCAAAUUAACCACCGUAUUGUGUUGCUGCCUGAGGAGGAUGAUGAUGGGAAUAAACGUUCGUCUAGAGUCAACGCUGAGGUUAUCGAUAACAACGGCAACCGCAGAACGGCCUCGCGCCUCGACCUGAACCUCGGGAACCAUUUCGGUCCGAAUGAUUCGAAAUGGUCCUCAUCAGCACAGACAUAUUGAACCGAAAACUCUCUGUUGCGGCCGGAGGACAUCUGGAUGCUGGACGGGGAUGAGUCCAUUACCCAUGAUCCUUUGUGUCGUCCCAGCAGACCCGAUCACCUGGACUUCCUGAGAAUCACACCGCCUGAGGAUGACAUCAUCGGGGAAACUCCGUACUAUCCGAAGCUUGGACUAACCGCUGAGGUGACGUCUCCGUCGGAUGGCGAGGACCGAACGCCGGGGCGUCUGCAGGCCGUCUGGCCCCCGCCCAAAGAGGACGGAGAGGAGAAGGUGGGACUGCGCUACACAGAAGCAGAGCACCAGGCCGCCCUCCUGCAGCUGAAGAGAGAGAGUAAAGAGGAGCUGGAGAAACUGCAUGCGGAUUUCGAGCUGCGGCUCUUCCAGGUCCGAGGCGAACACGCGGAGGCGGUGUCCCGUCUGGAGUCGCUCCUCGACGGGAUCCAGCGGGAACAGGCGUGUGUCUCCGUGCGGGAGCGCCGCGAGCUUCAGGAGGUGUGUGUGUCCACCGAAGACGACCUGCCGCCCAAAAGCUUCCGCAAUGUGUGUGUCCAGACCGACCGCGAGACCUUCAUCAAAACCCCCGAGGGUGACGACACAAAACCACUGAACUCCAGCUCCAGCCUGCCCAAAAAACUCAACCUGGACUCCAUUAGUGUGAGUUUAGGUGUGAGCCCUGGAGCUCCGCCUCCACCUCCUCCUCUUCCAGGUAGCUCCGCCCCCUUUCCUCCUCCUCCUCCUCCACCUCCACCCUUACCUGGGUUUGCACAUGCCCCGCCCCCUCCCCCUCCCCUUCCAGGAGCACAAGCUCCGCCCCCUCCUCCUCCCCUUCCAGGAGCACAAGCUCCGCCCCCUCCACCACCGCUCCCCGGGGCUCCUCCCCCAGCCCCGCCCCCUCCUGGUCUCCCUGGAGCCCCGCCUCCUCCACCCAUCCCGGGCUUCGGCCCGCCUCCUCCUCCAGCUCUCGGCUGGUCUGGAUUCGGACCGACGGUCGAGAAAGCGCCUCGUAAACCUGCGGUGGAACCGGCCUGUCCCAUGAAACCGCUUUACUGGAACCGCAUUCAGAUUCAGGACAACAAUAAUAACACACUCUGGAGUUCGCUGGAAGAGCCCAAUAUCAUAAACGCCAAAGAAUUUGAGGAUCUGUUCUCGAAAGCCGCCUUACAAGCCAAGAAGAAACCGCUAUCAGACACGUAUGAGAAGAAGAACAAAGCCAAAAAGAUCAUCAAGCUGCUGGACGGCAAACGCUCUCAGACUGUGGGAAUACUAAUAUCCAGCCUCCACCUGGAGAUGAAGGACAUUCAGCAUGCUGUCCUGACGGUGGAUCACUCUGUGGUGGAUCUGGAGACCAUCGAAGCUUUAUAUGAAAAUAGAGCUCAGCCGGAUGAACUGGAGAAGAUCAGGAAACAUUACGAGACGUCUAAAGAAGAGGAAGUGAAGCUCCUGGAUAAACCAGAACAAUUCCUGUACGAACUCUCCCAGAUCCCGGAUUUCGCGGGCCGCUCUCACUGCAUCAUAUUCCGGACCGUGUUUGUGGACUCCAUGUCUUCUGUCCACCGGAAAGUGGAGACCAUCUCUACUGUGUGCAAGGUGUUUCUUGAGAAUGACAGUGUGAAGGAUGUGAUCGGUGUCAUUUUGGCCUUUGGAAACUACAUGAACGGUGGAAACCGGACCAGAGGACAGGCGGAUGGAUUCGGACUGGAGAUUCUUCCUAAAUUAAAAGAUGUCAAGAGCAGGGACAAUCAUAUGAGCCUGGUGGAUUAUGUGGUGUCUUACUACCUGCGGAACAUGGACGAGAAUGCAGGAACAGAGAAAAGUGUUUUCCCGCUGCCUGAACCUCAGGAUCUCUUCCACGCUGCACAGGUCAAGUUUGAAGAUCUCGCAAAAGACCUUCGCAAGUUAAAGAGAGAGCUGACAGGGUGUGUGACGGAGGUUCAGCGAGUGUGUGAGAACUCGUCCGACGAACAUCUUCAGCCCUUCAAGGACAAGAUGGAGACCUUCAUCAGCACCGCACAGUCCGAGCACGCGUGUGAAGACGAUCGGCUGCGGGCGGCACAGGACAGUUUCCAGGACAUGGUGGCGUUCUUCGGGCUCAAGCCCAAGUCUGGCGAGAAGGACGUCUCCCCGAACUACGUGUUCAUGCUCUGGUACGAGUUCUGCAACGACUUCAAGAGCACCUGGAGCCGCGAGAACAAACGCAUCUCCAGCGAGAGACUCAAAGAAGCUCAGAAAACAGUCCAAAAAAUCACAGCGGAGAAGAAAGUGGAGACGAAGAAGAUCAACGAAAACAGCCUGAAAGAGCGACUGCGUAAGAAAGAAGCCGGCGUGCCGUCCGUCUGAAGCUCUGA